UCUUUUAACAUCCAUUCCUCACAAACACACACAAUUCCAUUUCCUAUCACACUGUGACUGCAAUUGCCUAACCAUUCAGUACCCAAACCAUUGCAAUGCCAUUUCGAGCAUUUCGCGUUAUAACCCUCACUCGUCGCUCGCAUCACCGUUUUUCCACUCCCCUUACCUUCUCCUCUCUUCCCCAAUUUCAACCCCACAAUUUCUUACCAUGGUUAGAGAAAAAAGCUAAUUCCACUAUUUCUUCAUCACUCUCCAUCGCCAAUUCUCCAUACGGAAACUCCUUGUUCGCUUCCAACUCAAUUCAAACCGGAGAUUGCAUUUUACAAGUUCCCUACUCUGUACAAAUAACUGCUGAUAAUCUCGCUCCUGAAAUCAGAACUUCGAUCGGUGAAGAUGCAGGAAACAUUGCAAAACUUGCCAUUGUUCUUCUAAUUCACAAGAAGUUGGGUCAGGAUUCUGAAUGGCAUCCUUAUAUCAGCUGCCUUCCACCACAAGAGGAGAUGCAUAAUACUAUAUUUUGGAAUGAAAGUGAGUUGGACAUGAUUCGCGGAAGUUCAGUUUAUCAGGAAACUAUUUAUCAUAAGUCUCAAAUUGAGAAGGACUUCCUGGCAAUCAGGCCUGUUCUUAAAUCAUUUUGUCAAAGUUUUGGAGAUUUUACUUGCAAGGACUUCAUGCACGCAUGUACACUAGUUGGCUCUAGAGCAUGGGGAAGCACAAAGGGUUUAUCUCUGAUUCCAUUUGCAGAUUUCUUAAAUCAUGAUGGGAUUUCAGAAGCCAUUGUAAUGAGUGAUGAUGAUAAACAAUGCUCAGAAGUUACUGCUGAUCGCGAUUAUGUUCCUGGUGAACAGGUACUUAUAAGGUAUGGAAAGUUUUCAAAUGCUACAUUGAUGCUGGACUUUGGCUUUACAAUUCCCUACAACAUUUAUGACCAGGUUCAGAUCCAGUUUGAUAUACCUAAGCACGAUCCCCUGCAUGACAUGAAAUUGGAACUCUUACAACAAUACUUUGUGCCUCCGACCAACGAUGCAAAGGGUUUGAAGUGUUCAGUGAAUUCCUUCACAAUCAAGGAGGUGAAGUCUGCUAGAGGAAAAGGGAAGGGAGUGCCACAAUCACUUCGCGCAUUUGCUCGUAUUCUUUCCUGUACCACGCCUCACGAGCUUAACCAUCUGGUCAUGGAGGCUGCACAAACUGAUGGUAGGCUGGCUAGGCGUCCUUUACAGGAUAUAAACAAAGAGAUCCAAGCACACCAGAUGUUGUCUUCAUUAUUCAUCCAAUUAAUUGAAGAGCGCAAUACAGCUGUUAUGUCAUUAGAUUCUUGGGGUACAUCCUUGUGCGAAAGAAGACUUCCUGUUAGAAGACAAAUGGCUCAAAAUCUGCUACACGGCGAGCUUCACAUUCUCAAAUCCGCUUCCAUCUGGCUAGAGAACUACUGCUUUUCUUUGUCUUGAUGGUUAAGUAAAUGGCCACAGCUACAAAACUAAGCCAAAGUACGCCGGAAUGAAAACAAAAUGGAAGAUGACAUCUAGGCCUGCCAAAAAUUCUUUUUAGUAUUUUUUUUUGGAAUGUUACACUAUGUAUCUUUGGAUAUAACGCCUUUAAGUCAACGAAUAUGCUGGCGGACAAAACUUUCAUUUUCUUUCUUAUUACAUACAUGUAGCAACCAACUUAUAUUAUUCUUUUUUUAAGUAUCAACUUGGAAUUGUUGGACCCAUUGUU